AUGUACAAUCUACCGAAUCUAAAUCUGUGCAUUCUCCUCUUCACUUCUUUUGCUGUUGUUAUAUCUUAUCUCUUCUGUAAUAAUUUAAUUCUUCUUUAUCAUUUCUGUUGCUCUCUCUUUGCCACUGAUCUUCUUUCUCUCUUUUUACCCUUGUUGUACUUUCUUUCUCUUUCUGUUGCUCCUUUUUCUAUCUCCUUGCCACCGAUCUUCUUUCAUUAUCACUCCCUGCCCAUGUGCUCUUUCUUCAUUGCUCCUUACCCCUGCUCCUAUUUCUCUCACUGUCUCCUUGCCUCUGCUCCUUUUUCUCUCUCUCGUUGCCCUGCUUCACACUCUCUCUCUCUCCUUGCCUCGGCUCCUCUUUCUCUCUCUCUUUGCCUCUACUCCUCUUUCUUUCUCUCCUUGCCCCUGUGCCUCUUUCUCUCCUUGCUCUUGCUUUUCUUUUUCUCACUCUCUCUCCCCUGCUUUUCUUUCUCCCUCCCUCUCCUUGCCCUUGCUCUUCUUUUUCGCUCUCUUUUCUCUACUCUUUUCCUCCUGUGGAUCUUGCCACUGAUCUUCUUUAUCUUUUCUCCUGCUCCUCCUCUCUGCUCUUCUCACCUUCUGCUCCUCUUUUCCUCCUCUCACCUUCUGCUCCUCUUUUUCCUCCUCUCACCUUCUGCUCCUCUUUUUCCUCCUCUCACCUUCUGCUCCUCUUUUUCCUCCUCUCACCUUCUGCUCCUCUUUUUCCUCCUCUCACCUUCUACUCCUCUUUCUCUCUCUUUUUGUGCAGCUCCUCUCUCCUCUUUCUUCCUCCCUCUCUCCUCUUUCUUCCCUCUCUCUCUCUCUUGUUCCUCUUUCUUCCUCUCUCUCUCUUGUUCCUCUUUCUUCCUCUCUCUCUCUCUUGUUCCUCUUUCUUGCUCCUCUCUUUCUCUGUGCCUACCCAUUUCCCCUCAUUCUUCCAUUGCUCCUCACUCUUUCCUUCUAUACCCUGUGCAUACCCCUCUCUUCUAUCUCUCAUUGCUUCUCUCUGCCAUGUCUACCUCCUUUUUUAUAUAUUUUUUUUUUACUUUUCUAUUAUUUUACCUUCAUUUUUCCUCAAUUCUCCCUCUCUCUCUCCAUACCUCCACCAUUCUUUGUGCAAACAUUCUAUUCUUUGCAAGAAAUAUUGGAUGA